AUGGUCUACACAAUCGUCGUCCACUUCCGCGCCAAAGACGAGCCGGGAGCAAUUGAGAAGCUGACGAAGAAGCUGCAAGAGGCGAGCCAGGUAUACAGCCAGGACAAAGAGACAAUCUCAUGGUUCAUAAUGCGCGACCACCGCGACCCCCGCGCCUUCACUAUCGUCGAGCGCUACGACAACGAGGACAGCCAGAAAUACCACCUCGAAAACCCCUACUGGAAGACCUUCGAUCCGUACGUCAAGCCCCUGCUGGACGGCGACAUGGACCUGCGGCGCUAUCACGAGAUCGAUACGAGUGAGAAGGUGACGGUUGAGGAUGAGAAGUUUCUGGAGGAGACGGUGAAGGGGUAUCAGAGGGAUUGUAAGGGUGCGUAG